GCUAUAUCAUGUGGAUGACUGUGUUAUGAUGUUUCCAUCCCGAAUCUUUGAUUCUCUAGAUACAUGGAGGGUAAUAGGUUAUUAGUGGAAAAUGGUUAUAGAUCCUUAAACAGGUGACCAGGGGUCCAGGAUAUAUCAUCCAUGGCGGCAUAUCUGGAGGUUGGGGGGACAAGGUAAUGUCAUUCUCCAGGCAAGCAAGCUGGAGUGGAACUCGAAGCUGAGGUGCAGGCAAUAUCUCGUCAGGAAAAAUAAAAAGGAUCGGAAUGUUUUGAAUCUUUUGACAACAACAACAGAAAAGAUUUACAAAUAAAGACUCCAUACAAUUCGAACUAAUUAUCCAAUCCAAAAGAUUUGCUGGCUAUCAUCACAGGUUGCAAUCAUGCACUAUUUGGCAGUUUUCAUGAUAAGGGAUUGAGAUAGGAGGGUUAAGAACUCCUAGCAACAUAUGUAUAGAUGUUAUACAUGGAAUCAUAUUCUUUAAAGGAAGAAGACCCUGUGGAUUUGUCAACAGCAGGCUUGUGGGCGGUGGAGGGCAGGGGCUAAGAAAGGAAUAUUCCAGCCCUGUAAGUUUGGUACAAAAUACUUUCCAGGUUCCUUAUGAAGUACUGUAGCAAAAUAUUUUGCUGGAGGUUGCAGCAUUCAUAGGCAGACAUAUAUUAUCUAGCUACAUAUUGGAUUCAGAUGCGGGUAUUCUGGUUUGUGUUUCAAAACAAAUGCUUCACAACCAGGCAAGUUUUGCAUAUGUAAAACUUUGAUCAUGAAGGCAUAUCUCCACAAUAUAUAGGCUAGGCACUACUAGGUGGUCAGGAGCACUUAAGAAAGACAGAAUAUGAAUCAUGGGGGAGGACUGGAGAUUGAGGUUGACAUAUAGAGAAAACCGGCAGAUUGAUGUAGAACAUAUGGAGAUGAUAAAAGGAAAUGUGGAGAAGAAAGUGGAAUUGGGAGGAUGGCAGGGUUCAUUUUUGGUUUAAAUGACAAACACAUUGGCCAAUGACAGUGUGAGGAAAAAUUCCUGGUGGUGGUCUUUGGACUGGUGAUAGCAUAGAGUGGUUCUUCUUCAGUGAAACAUCAAUCAUGGCAACUGAGGCAGGACAUGAAGGGAUCUUCUUUACAAACCCAUUGUUCUUGCUUGUGGUCAUAUUUCUUGCUUUUGGUGUGUAUAUAAAGCUAUGCAUCGCUUGCGAGCAUCACAUUGUGCUAUAUGCAGGCAACCCUAUAAUCACUUUCCUAGUAUCUGCCAGUUACUCCACUUCUUGCUCCUAAAACUUGAACCUGCAGCCUAUAAAAGAAGGGAGAAGGAAGUGCUAGAGCAAGAAAAACAUCUUGAAAUCUACUCACCUCAGUUUGUAGAUCACUUAUUCUCUGAGAGGGUUCGUUCCGCAGAGGCUGACAAAAAUAAUGAUAGUCUGAAAGCCCGCAAAAGUACAGCUUCAAAAGGACCAACCUUUCCAGAAAAUGGCCUUGAGAAUGGAAUUUGCAAACGAAUUUCUGUGAAUGAUGUUCUGUGUGCUCUUUGCAAGGAAUUGCUGUAUCGUCCUGUUGUUCUCAAUUGUGGACAUGUGUUUUGUGAAUCUUGUCUGUCUGGCAUAGUUGGUCACCAAGUUAAAUGUCAAGUUUGUCAAAGUCUGCAUCCUGGAGAAUUUCCAAAUAUUUGCUUGGAUCUGGAUCAUUUCUUGGAAGAACAAUUUCCUAGAGAGUAUGUAAUGAGAAGAGAAACCAUAAUGUUCAGAAAAAUUCAAUGUACACUUGGGGAACCAUCAUCCAGUGUUCUGCAGACAGAGAAACAAAAUACCAAGUCAUCUUGUCAUGUCACAGACGAUCGUCUAUGGCUUACUGAAGACUUGUCAAAUCUCCAUAUUGGAGUUGGCUGUGAUUCAUGUGGGAUGUAUCCCAUAAUUGGAAAGAGGUACAAAUGUAAAGAUUGCACAGAGACAAUUGGCUUUGACCUGUGUGAAGCAUGCUACAAUACUAGCUCUAAACUCCCUGGCAGAUUCAAUCAGCAACAUACACCUGACCACAAGUUUGAACUUGAUGACUCAAAGUUGCUAUAUAAGAUAUUGAUGCUCAGGGCCAUGCCAGAGGUCCGUCAGCAAGAUGUUGCAGAAGCUGAUUUCCCUCAUGAUGAUCAACAAGACAUUGAGAAUCAUGAUAGUGUACCAGAAGGAGGUCGAAAUGAGGAUGAAAUAUUAUAGAAGAAAAGGCAAUUUUUGACGUGAUAAUGUUAUAUAUCAUGUUCAAAUUUCUUAAAUAUAAUUAAGGACAAGAAGGCAAGAUUCCUGGGUGGUUGUAAAGAAAAAACAAGGAUUGUUUGGUGAAAAAGGAGUAAGAUGUUGGGUCCAUACAUAAAAUAGGUAACAGGUAGCAUGUUAAGCAUUUUCGUGUUUGUUGCUUUAUUAAUUUUAGCUCCGGUUGUUUAUGUCAGAAAAUGAUAAUAAUAAUUUCAGUUGUUUGAUUUUUCAAAUUUUCA